GGUCGCAGGGAAACUCAAGAAGCUGUAGGUGAACUCCAGGAGCUGCCGAGGAAACCCGGGGCUGCAGGGAAAUCCCCAGAACUACAAAGGAACCCCAGAAGCUGCCGAGGAAACCCGGGGCUGCAGGGAAAUCCCCAGAACUACAAAGGAACUCCAGAAGCUGCCGAGGAAACCCGGGGCUGCAGGGAAAUCCCCAGAACUACAAAGGAACCCCAGAAGCUGCCGAGGAAACCCGGGGCUGCAGGGAAAUCCCCAGAACUACAAAGGAACUCCAGGAGCUGCCGAGGAAACCCGGGGCUGCAGGGAAAUCCCCAGAACUACAAAGGAACCCCAGAAGCUGCCGAGGAAACCCGGGGCUGCAGGGAAAUCCCCAGAACUACAAAGGAACCCCAGAAGCUGCCGAGGAAACCCGGGGCUGCAGGGAAAUCCCCAGAACUACAAAGGAACUCCAGGAGCUGCCGAGGAAACCCGGGGCUGCAGGGAAAUCCCCAGAACUACAAAGGAACUCCAGGAGCUGCCGAGGAAACCCGGGGCUGCAGGGAAAUCCCCAGAACUACAAAGGAACUCCAGGAGCUGCCGAGGAAACCCGGGGCUGCAGGGAAAUCCCCAGAACUACAAAGGAACUCCAGGAGCUGCCGAGGAAACCAGAGGUACCACAUGGCAACCCAAUGGGUCGCUGGGGACCGCAGGGGACAGGGGGGAACUCCAAGAGCUACAGGGAAACCUCAAGUCCCUCUGUAG